AUGUUUCCUCCCGAAUACCCUUUUGCCCCUCCCGCGAUUCGCAUGCAUACACCUAGUGGUCGGUUCCAACCGUCAUCUCGCCUGUGUCUCAGCAUUAGUGACUUUCAUCCCAAAUCAUUUAACCCAGCAUGGGAAGUCUCCACUAUCCUUAUUGGCCUACUUUCCUUCAUGACUAGCGAGGAAAUGACCACUGGCAGCGUGAGCGCCUCCGAAGGAGAAAGACGAGUCCUAGCGGCCCGGUCAAGAUGGUGGAAUUCGACUGGUGGCGGCACCCAUAUCUCCUGCACACCCGGAGUUACACCCACCUCCAAAGGAAUCAACAAUGUGAAGGCUGGAGAUGGUGGGUUGAAAUUUCGCUCGGAAUGGCCCGAACUAGACCAGGAGAACUGGAAAUGGCUCAAGGACAACCGCAUUGACACUGCCACCGGACAGCUGCGACCGGAUCCCAAUGCUGCAUCAAACAAGUGCUCCCCAGAGACCAGUGCACUUCGCCGACGGCCCAACGGAAGCGCCCCUAGGCUCGGAGCUGUCGUGGAAGGUGGCAACGUCGCCAGGGAAGUCGGCCAAAGUUGGCUUCAGCGCAACAAAGUCUGGGUAGGCCUGGCAGUCUUUUUUGGGUACGCUCUCAUUUCAAGACUUGUGCAUGAUGUUCAGGAUUCGCAGGCGAAGCCAACUCCCGCGCCGCGCAAUCAUCCCUCUACCUCUGAGGCCUCUCCUCCCCCGGGAUGCCCUAUGCAUGCUUCUGAUGCUUCUUCGCCUUCUCCGUUAACUCCCCCUGCUGCCGAUUCUCCAAGUGCCUGCCCCGUCCGCGCAACAGAUUCUCCAUUCUUCGUGCAGAAGUCCAACCCCCCAGUACCGGAACCGUCCCCCGCCUCGGAGAACAAACCAUCGACAUUAUCCAGGUUGAACCCUCUCAACUACAUGUUCUCGACGAUCUCUCAGGAGCGCGCGCCUAACCAAACCGUGGACUUGGCUGUUGAGCGUGAAAUCUCAUCAAUCCCCAGAGGCGAUUCCGAGGGUAACUGGGAGUAUCCUUCUCCACAGCAGAUGUACAAUGCUAUGCUGCGCAAGGGUUACACAGAUACCCCUCAAGAUGCAGUAGAGGCCAUGGUUGCCGUUCAUAACUUUUUGAACGAGGGCGCCUGGGACGAAAUUGUCGGAUGGGAGCGGACGUUCUCGCAGGGUCUGGCCCGGGGAUGGGAGAAGUGUCGUCACGGCGAGGAGAAUCUCGCCAUGGAACUGGCUAGGGAGGAAAUGGAUGGAUCGGCGAAUGCGAUUCCAGAGCCCCGCCUGGUGAAAUUCAAGGGCCGUCCACAGGAGCUUACACCCAAGGCGCGGAUCCUCCAGGCUCUGGGCUACGUAUUUCCGUCGAAAUUUGAAACCAACCCUCCUUUUGACCGUCACGACUGGUUUGUGAUGCGCCAGACGCCAUCUGGUCCGAAAGAAGUCCGUUAUGUGAUCGAUUACUAUUCCGGACCCCCAGAGCCAACCGGAGAGCCCGUCUUCUACCUCGAUAUCCGCCCGGCCUUGGACUCGCCCACUGCAGCCGUCGAGCGAUUGAUGCGAUGGGGAGGAGACGUCUGGUGGCGAGCCAGCGGCGGCGCUGCUCGAGGCCACGAAAACUAG